ACGCUGAUGAGAGGAAAAAAAUAGUUGAACACACGUACCCAGCCGGCUUGGACUUCGGUCCAGCGUCCCGGACACGCGCCCCCACCUUUGAUCCGUCUAAGAUUCCCAGAGGCAGCAAUGAUGGAAGGAGUCGCACCUUGCGAAGGCGCCUCGCCACCACGCCACGCACACCACGCCAAGAUGAGAAAAGACUGCUACGAUCUCGAUGUCGAAGAAUUGUCAGCAAACUAGCCUCAGGAAAUGGCGGGUACAAAGCAACGGUAGGUCGAAGACGAAAAAGAAUUGUCAGUAAAACCCUAUAAAAUCAAGCAAUCCAUCAAAGUCAAAAGGAUUAACGGAACAUGGCGAUGGCCUUCCUGCUUAUCUAUUAAUCAUCUCGUUACCAUUGCCUGUAAAGCUUUGUAAACGCAUGAAACAAUGUCCGUCACUCGCUCCCCUCAAGACUCCUGGGACUUUACUCUCCCAGGUCCACCAAGCCGCAACAAUGGCGGAUCUGCAGACUGCAACACAAGCGGCCUCCUUGCUUAUGGCGCUGGAAGCAGCGUCGCAGUCGUUGACGCUCGAUCCAUGCAGCUUCUCUGCGUCCUCCCAAUGCCCGCCCCCUCUAACUCCCCUACCGCUCUCGCCCCCUUCGUCACCUCCGUCCGCUGGACCCCUCAGCCUCCACGCCGCGACAUUCUUACACAAGAACCCUCCAAUUCCCACCUCCUCCUUGCUGUUGGAGACUGCCAGGGUCGUAUCGCUCUCUGGGACUUCCGCCUCCGCCUCAUCCUCCUCUGGAUGGAAUUCGAUCCUCCCUCCGAAAGAUCCAAGCUCGGCGUUCAAGAUCUCUGUUGGGUCCGCUCUCGUGCCGAUUCAUGGAUCCUAGCCUCCCUUAAAGGCCCUUCUCUCCUUGCCCUCUGGAACAUCAACACCUCUCGCUGCAUCUGGAAAUACGACGCCUCCCUCGAAUUAUUGUCCUGCAUUCGCCGUGAUCCCUUCGAUUCUAGGCAUUUCUGUGCAUUGGGGCUCAAGGGGUUCUUGCUGUCUGUUAUGGUCCUUGGGGACGGUGACGACGAUGUUACUAUCAAGGAGCACCGGAUCCCGACUGCUAGUGACUCUAGUGAGUUGCAAAAGUUUGAGCGAGACGCUGCUUCUGGUUCUACUGCCCCAGCGCUUUCGGUGUUUCCUCUGUCUGUCGCGAGGUUUAGCUUCUCACCGCAGUGGAAAUACAUUCUUUUUGUUACUUUCCCCAAAGAGCUCGUUGUGUUCGAUUUGCAAUACGAGACCUCGCUUUCAACGGCUGGGCUCCCCCGGGGCUUCAGCAAGUUUCUGGAUGUGUUGCCUGAUCCGGACAAUGACGUGCUCUACUGUGCUCAUCUUGAUGGAAACCUCAGCACCUGGAAGCGGAAAGA